AUGCCUGUCCUCCCGAGUCGCCAGGAGAAGCGAGGAGUUGGGAAGAAGCCAUGUCGCGAUGACUUUAAUCUGUUCGGUGUCUUCACGGUCUAA